AUGCUUCUAGAUGCCCUUCCGCGCAUUUCACCAGAGAUUAUGGACGUUCUGGGAAACGCCAAUUUUAUUGUUCCCCUGAUCUCUUUCAUGGACUUCGAGUGCAUAAGUACGUUCUGUUUGAAUGAAUCAUCUGCCACCGCUCGAAGUCUUUCAGCCGGGAGAAACUUUGAAUGAGAGGCAGCUGCAGGUUUAUGCGCGUUUUGUUGAACUGGUUUGGACCCCAUUGACACUUUCUACCUCACCGCGCCCCUUUUAGGCUAGGAGAGAGUUUGCUGAGAGCAGUUCAGGACGCGAUAUUACGCUUGAUCACGCGCAUGAACUUGCCAGAAACAGAGAGUUUUGGCCUAUUGAAGGUCCCCGGCGCGUUGGUCUCUCCUUGGCACUCGCAGCCGGCAAUCCGUCUUACUUUGCCAAAUUAAUGGAAAUAAUCGGUGUACAACUGCAAAUCCGCGCUCUGCUUGGCUUGCUGCAAAAUCCAGCAGCUCUAACAACAGAAUUUCAAUCACUCUCCAAGUAACCUAAAGACUCUUACUGUUUUUUUUUUAAUAAUGCAGGAAGAGCACUUUGAUACCGUGAUUAAAUUUUAACCUGCGAGCUUUCCACUACACUAUGGCGGCGGCGCCUUAAGCCAUCUGGAGACUCUAGCCGGUACGACCAUCAGGCCCAGUUCCAAACAGGAAAAGGAGUGGGACGUCAGUUGAAAGGAGAUUGUAUUCUGCAGCGAACUAUUGGAAAGAAGGUUGGCAGUCGGACGAGUGCACGUCCCACUCAGCGAGAGCGACUUCCGCGAAUGUGAGACACUGGGGCAGUCUUUUAGCGCCUGCAGCAAGGUCAUGUCUGAGUCAACCUCGAAGCUGAUUGGCAAGUUUAGGCAGCCGCCACUGACCGAUAAUCAGACUGCAAUUGGUGCGAUGGUACAAGUAGUCGCGAGAGGCUCAGCGUUGCAACAUGCGUCCAGAGUUGAGCCACUACAACGCCUUAUCAGUUGUAACAGAAUUAACGCUAAGUUUUUCUGGGCAUCAGAUUUUUCAAUAUUACCAGGUAGAUAAAGACUCUAGGCCCACAUUUGAUUACAGUGUGGUGCCAGUUUGGUGAAUAUAUCCGGGAUAUACCGUGAGUGACCGAUCUCAUGAAAUGUUGGCCAAAAUUCUGAAAUGCGUUUUCGAUUUGGAAGGAUUACUUUGAUGGGGUUGUAAUAUUGAUUAGCCCGCAGCACAAUCCUAUACUUUGGAGCCUGAUCAGCCGUUGCAAUAGCGCCUAGUGAUUUCAGUCUACAGGGUGCAUGCGUUCUGCGUAAGGAAAAUAAUAUAUUCUUCCAUGCCUUUUAAAAGAUGCCAUAUUGAGUUCAUGAAAUUGUGUAAUGGAUGCGGACUACGUUAUACAUUGCAGGAGCAGCAGUGGUAAACAGAACGGUACGAUGUUGUAUGAAUGGACACUGCGCGGUCUUAAAAAAUCACAUAAUUAGAAACUUUUUAAAACCUAAUUAUACUCUUUCUUUGGAUAUAAAAUAUGAAGUUGGCGUUAUUCUCUAUUAAACGAGUGAAAGAAGGAGUAUUUUUGCUCAUGUUUUCUAUAAAAUAUAUUUAAAUUUAUAAGACCAUCGAAAAUCAGUGUGAAAAUGCAUGUUUCUUAAGUAGUCAUUUUUUACCAAGUACGGUUUCCACAGCAGAUUUAAAAGAAGUGCAUUCAAGCGCCAACAUCCUGCCGAAUCCGAAAUACUAUAGGAUUAUGUGGCGGGCUAAUCAGUAUUACCGCCCCACCAAAGUAAUCCUUCCUAAUCGAAAACGCAUUUCAGAAUGUUGGCCAACAUUUCAUGAGGUCGAUCACUCACUGUAUGUAAACAUACUGAAACCAUAUGUAGAAAUUGAGGAUGAAUUCUUCCUUGGAGAGGGAAACACGCUUGUCUGAAAGCUCCCGCUUGUAUGUGAGUGCAUCACUGACACCAAAUGACCAAGAAGCAGAAUCAGAUGGAUCUAUCAAAAAUGCGUCUGCAAAACCUGUGAUUUAAUAACUUUGUCCUUGGGUACCGGGUACACCGUUGCCCUGGACAAAGCUCGCAUUGUUAACAUUUGGCCCUCCAGGGAAGGAUGACUCAUGCCUCGUUUGGCAUAUCCAACCGGAUAUCGCGCACAGAAACCCUACAGGAUACAUAGAAGGGAGAGCAGUCAACCAAAACGGGAUGAAGUCACAAACGUUGGACAAAUAUCCACUUUUAGGCCCAUUCUAAAGAUUCUGUGUUCUGCACAAUCGCCGGUGAACCAAAGUCAGGAUGUACAGAACAGAGUGUUUUACUCUCCCAAAUACUCAUAUACUUCUUGAGACGAUUAUCUUUCAUUGCGUGCACCCCAGUGGGAAGGCCGCAUCGGGCGGAUGGCUGAAGAGCGCUUGCAAGUACGAUGAAAAAACGCAACGACUCAAUGACACUCUAAGAACUUCUCUGACGCACCGUUACAUUACAUCAAAAACGUGGGAGGGCCUCUCAAAAGAUGGGCAGGCUCUGCAGCCUGCCUUAAAAGAUGGCGCCUCCGCACACGAAACUAGCCCUUUGACGAAAACGAGGGGGCGAAGCAACAGGCAUGUAAUGCCGGCGAGUUGCGAACCAGUGUCGCCUACACCCAGCCCUGCUACUGUGUCCGCAUUGUUAAUUUGAAUUCAGAGCGCGGGUUGGUCUGCUUGGACACUGUAAAGGCUUUGACAGUGGUUUUACCCUAAUGACAAUAAGUAUUUCUAAUAUGACAAUGAUGACAAUAAGUAGAAACCAAUUCCGACUUGGAGGAGGCAUCGGUAGGAAGAGAGGUGUAUUCGGCUUAAAAGUCUGUUGGCGGUCAAAGCGCCCGACGCACGGAGUCUGCGCGCGCGCCGUGAGCUUGCUUCCCCGCUGGGUAUGAGCACGGCUGCCCAGUCAUACCCCUCCUUCUGACUCGCUGUUGUGCUGCUGAUGGCAAAACUCCUGGUCAAGUACUUUUUUGCGGACCAGGAAGUGUAGUGGUAGGCCUAGGUGCGGGUCCAGCCGUGCCAGUCACCUGCGCCCUCUCUCGCCUCUGGUCUUCUUGGCUAUAUCAUGACACGAGGGCCAGGUGGAGAGGAGGGGCUAGUGAGGUAGAUGCUGCGAAAGUCUGCUUUCACUAUAAACUUAUUCAUGCGCAAGUCACUGUGUCUGCAUCACCUUGCUGUGGAGCACACGCUGUACAUCUUCGGGGACCUGAGCAAUUAACUAAACGCAAGCACAGUAGUCGGGUCACUUUUAUCCAAGCUGUUUCCAGAGGUUGCUGCAGACGAAAUUAAAAGACCGGAUUAUAACCACCCAGGUCAUGGAAUCGGCUGGCAUGCUCAAAGUAUCCGGAAUGUUGAGGGAUAUCUAGCAUCAGCCUAGUGGUCACGUUGUGCGGAUGCAGUAUGGUCGUCUGUCUAAGCAGGCCUUUCAUGCUGGCGUUGCCAGCAGUACUUGUCGGUUUCUUCCCUGUAAGUGGGACGUUUCGCAUGCCAUAAGAUCAGUAACAUCUGACUUUAAUGACCCUAUUUUUGGUUUCAUCUGCGCAGUGCGUCAGGUCUUAAUGAGAUCUAAUGCAUACUCUUUUCUCCUUCUUUUGUACAGCACUCACUACGACGAGUUAUUUUUUGAAUCGACUGGUAGUGUACCAUGUGAUUUGGCUGAGGCGGAACAAUUUCUGCAGGGAAAACUCGAGCAGGCAAGAAUCCUCGACGUGGUAGGCAGUUGCGGGUGCACAAAGUUGAAGUUUGUACAAACGAUAAUUUACGUUCUACUUGCAAAUUAUACGUAAUAUUUAUUAUUUCGUUCGAAGGCACUGCCACGUCUGGCAAGCAGACUGGGAAACGAAACGGACGGUGAACUAGCCGACGUAGAAAGACAUUCUGCAAAUGGGGACUCUGGACUAUUCGCCGAUACCUCAGUUAUAAACGAGCCUUCUCCGAAGGUAAUGUAUCGUGGCACUUCUUCCUUUUCAAUAUUCCUAUUAUAUGCGCCAGAAUACUCGCAUUGUUGUAAGUUGAUCCUCCAACAGAAUGCCGCCAUUCGAAUUUCUCGUUCUCAAAGACACUGACAUGAAGUGAACACUUCUGUAUCAAGCCGACAGAAAUUUACGCCAGUUUCAGACAGAUGUACGACUCAAAAACAUAAAUUUCAGUCAACCCUGGUCUGUUGAUAGGGACCAAACAUUCGAUAUCCAAUGACGGUAGCCUGACAAUCCAGUUCCUCAAGCUUGUCUGUGAAAUCAACUUCUGGGAUAAAGAUGUUACAGCGAACGUUAAACGUAUAAACGAGAUCGCUAACUAACUCAUGAACCGUUUUACGUCCUCACCUGGUUAAGCAGGUCUCGGCGACGAAUAAGCAGCCAAGGGGGCUUUUGCUCCACUUACGCCUUUAUGGGCGGGAAGUAGCUUUACAUACCCACUGAUCAAUUCGUCUUCACGCCUCUGUUAUCAAUCGCGUGGUUCCAGCCCUGAGCUGUCCAACUAUCUCCGCCGCUGCGAAAUCUAAAGUGGCAAUUAACCAUAGGUUGUGAUUGGAGAUUUAAAAAUAUGAUGACCUAUAGUAGGUGGUUAAACUUGUACUUGUACUUGAUACGGCUGCGAUCAUGUCUGAUCUAGCCGGCCUCGAUGAUGUCCCGAACUGUACCUCCCCACGCGUGACGAUCCGCGGCAGCAGAUCUAGACAGCUCAACCCAUUCCCUUCGCCAACGACGGAGACCGAAUACCGAAGGUCCAAGAACCACCUCCAUGUCUUGACGGACAGUGUCGAGCCAGGUGGUGAACUGACCCCCUCUUCGACGCCUCCAAUGGGGCAACGGUGCCGGAUCGAGGGCAGUAACACUGAGCUCCUGAGGUGGACGACGAAGAACAUGCCCGAACCACCUCAGUCGUCUUUCUUGGAUGGCCUGAGUUAUCCUUGCGAUGUUAUCACAGCGAGCGCGGACUAUCUCAUUUGAGACGAAGUCGGUUACCUUCACUCGAAGGAUGAUCCUCAAGCAGUGGUGGUCAAAUACCUCCAGUUUUCGCUCAUCCUCCACGCGCAAAGCCAGGCAUUCACAACCGUAGAGAAGGGCAGACUGGACAGAUGCACGGUACACGCGAAUCUUAGUGGCGAUGGAGAGGUCACGUCGGUUCCACAGGCAUUUCCGAAGGCUUGAAAAAACCCAGCGGGCAGCGUCGAUUCAGGAGACAAUGCCGUUCUUACUCUGUCCAUUAGGCAGCAGCCUCGCCCCGAGGUAUUUAAAACUGUCCACUUCUUCAAGUUGACAGUCAUCAAUCCCCACGGGUGCCUUCUCCUGGUCAGGGAUGCAGCUUGAGAAUACUUUAGUCUUCCCAGCGUUUAUGGACAACCCGACUGAUUUAGCGACCUCGUUCACCCGUGACACCAUAGACUGCAGAUCACCAAAACUUGAAACAGGUAAGGCGAUAUCAUCGGCAUAGUCGAGAUCAGUCAGUCGAUGUCCGGGUGCAAAUUCAACGUCGUCACUGUCGCGUAGGGCCCUCCCGAGGAUCCAGUCAAUAGCGUAGUUGAACAGUAUGGGUGACAGGAUACAACCCUGUUGGACGCCAGACCGAAUACCGAACGGUUGGGAAAGAUUGUUACGGACCAGGACUCUCGCAGUAGUGGAGCGAUAGUAGGCCUUGAUCAUGGCGAUGAUUUUUGCCGGUACACCAUCUAGCGCCAUUAUCCGCCACAGGGACUCACGGUGAACGGAAUCGAACGCGGCGGCAGUCAACGAAGCAGACGGCCGUCGGUUGUUGGUAGCUAUGGCGAAAUUCGAGAAUGCGCCUUCGUGUGAAUAUUUGAUCUGCGCAUCCAUCUCAUGAAACUCAUGAAAUGUCAACCGAAAUUCUGAAAUGCAUUUUCGUUUCGAAAAGACUAAUUAAGUAGGGUUGUAAAACUAAUCAUCGGGCAGCGUAAUUCUAUAAUAAUUCAGUUACCUCAGGGUGCCGGCCUUCAAACGAACUUCUUUCCGGCUGCAUGUAAAAACCAUACUCUGUGAAAAACGACUACAUAAGUAGCAUGCACUUUUCUCUUUGAUUUCCGAUACCCUUAAAAAUUUAAUUAUAUUUCAUGAAAAACAUGCACAAAAAUAUUAGGUUUUUUGCUAAUUUGGUAGAAAAUUACGUCUUCUUCCAAUUUUAUACUCGAAGAAAGGGUAUAAUUCGGUUUUCAAAAACUAUUCCAAUUCCCGAAUAAUUUUCAACCCGACCUGCCGUUACACUUGCAUUCAGGGUUUCCAAACUACGAGCCGUAUGUUUUCCACGUACGGAAAGCCGUACAUUUCUCUACGGUAUUGAGAGGAGACCAUGUGGGGUUCAUAAAAUGUAGCAGUAGAUUUGAGCCAUAUCGUCAGUUUUACAAGUCACAUUGGUAACUGCAGAGACAUGACGUUUUAUAGACGGCCAUCUCACAGUAUUAAAAAAUCUCACAAUGAGAAACUUUUAGAACCGAAUUAUACCCUCUCUUCGAAUACAGAAUUGGAAGAAGACGUAGUUUUUCACCGAAUGAGCAAAAGACGAAAUAUUUUUAUGCAUGUUUCCCAUGAGAUAUAAGUUAAUUUUUAAGGGCAUCGAAAGUCAAUGAGAAAAAUGCGCGCUACUUAUGUAAUCACUUUUUACAGGGUAUAGUUUUUGCAUGCAGCCGGAAGGAAGUCCGUUCAAAAGCCGGAAUCCUUAGGUUACUGGAUUAUUAUAGAAAUGUGCUGCAGGAUGAUUAGUUUUACAACCCUACUUAAUUACUCUUUCCGAAACGCAAACAAAUUUCGGAAUUCCGGUUGACAUUUCAUGAGUUAGCCCACCUACUGUACUUUCGAACGGCUAAUUCCGUUUGUCGAUUUGUUGGACCGAUGGGGAAGGAAAUCGAUCUAGGCCUCUUAUUUCCUGUGUCUGAACCGUAUUUAUAGGCGGCACUGGGGCCUUACACGGGUUUCCUGAGUUUGAACUAGUAAAUAACGUCAUGCCAUUAGUCAUUUGGCAGUUUAUAACUUGUCGUAUGAUUCACCAUGCUUGCAAAAAAGGUACUUGUUGAAAGUCCAGACACGUGUGUUUUUUCCGAAAUUUUGUCGCCGACUUACACGGGUCGAGGGGCUCGGCUCAUCUGUGGGUCCUCCAGCCUUCCCCGUGUGUUUUCUGGUAUAUGAACUCCAGUCUAGAAAUGUUAGUAUUUUCAUCCCCACCUAUGAGGCUUCAUUUGGAGUUAACGCGUUACUUUCUGAGGAGAUUAGAAGGCUGAAGUUUCAGAACUGGAGCAUCUACCAGAAAGCAUUCGGGGAACGCUGGAAGACCCACUGGUGAGUCUUGCAACUGUAGCGGCAGAUUAUCGGCGAAACACGUGUCUGGGACUCUAGUUAUUACCUUUGUUGUCAAGGCUGGUACAUCGCACAACCCACGUAUAUACUACUAUCUAGGCAUAAUUGUAUUACCGACAAAGACAAUGGAGACUGGAAUGGCCAUUUCUGGCUUAUUAGCCGUCGUCAGCCAGCCAUACCCAAGCCCGAAGUGUGGAACAUCCGAGCCUCGAACUCGCGACCUGUUGGUUUAGAAGUCCGCGCCUCUACUCACCGGGCCACGAGCCCGUUGCCUUGUCGGGCCUCUGCCUCUGCCUCUUGGCAGUUUACGAACAUUACGCAAUCAUUCCACUGAGGCUGGUGGAUUUCGGCCUAAAUAUUCAUAUCACCUUUCCGAUUGAGCCUAUCACGUCUCAGUUUGACUGACAUACUCCAAGUUGGCGCAUAAAUUUCAGAGGAACUUAAAAAAAACUAAGAGUUUGCUGCUUCAUUUUCCGACACCGGCUCUGUGCAGUCUUCAGAUUUUAUCCGCGGGUCAGGUGAUGAAAUGCCAAAAACUGUCGUCGCGACCUCUCAGACGGAGUCCGCUGGCGCCAAAGCCGGUCUACCUCCGCUCAGAUUACCCUUGGAACUUCAACGAACUCCACAGCCCUCCUCCACCUCGUCAGCCGUCAGUCCUGAGCCGAGUGAGGAUCCCUCCAUCCACUCGAUCCGCCAAAAACCGGACCAUGACGAGGUGGCACCUCCACGGCUGUUAAGAGAUGAUGCAAUGUCCAAACGGCAGAACCUUCUGCGAAUUCAAAGAGAUCGAUUGGUUCAUAUGAGGAUGAAUUCAAUCCAGGAGGCACUGGUUGCUGCCACGCCUGCAGAUAACAGUUGUCGGUCACAACAGAAGCAGCAGCUAAAGGGCAUUCGAUUUGAGGUGGGUUGA